UUCUAAGAUUUGCAGAUAAAUGGCUCAGCGUUAUUACUUAUCUUCUCUUUUACUACUUGCAUUUCUCAAUUUAUUCUUCAUUUAUUGCAACAUAACUGGAGCAACUGCACGACACCUUCUAGAGACGCCCCUCUCUGAGAUACCUAAACCAGAACUCCCCAAAGUGCCAGCGUUGCCAAAGCCUGAAAUCCCAACUGUGCCGAAACCUGCUGAGCUUCCAACUAUAUCAAAGCCUGAGAUCCCCGCUGUUCCAAAGGCUGAGCUACCAACUUUCCCGAAGCCCCAGUUACCAACUUUGCCAAAGCCUAAUAUGCCUGAGAUUCCCACAAUGCCAAAACUAGAGUUUCCUCCCUUGAAAAUGUCAAAAAUCCCAGCAGUUCCAAAGACUGAGGUUCCUCCGGCUAUGAAAAAGCCUGAUGUUCCAACUUUACCAAAGCUCGAGCUACCGAGUGUGCCAAAGCCAGAAAUUCCAGAACUACCAAAGCCAAAGGUCCCAAAACUUCCAAAUUCCAGAACUAUCAAAGCCAAAAGUCCCAGAACUUCCAAAGCUAAAAGUUCCAACAAUGCCAAAGCUUGA